GUUCGUUAUGAAUUUACCGACUGCUGUGCGGUAUGCUAUCGUUAGCGCUCACGCUUAGUGUCAUAUCCACCAAUGGUGUAGGACUGGAUUCCGCCAAUAUAAACUCACCGACUGCCUAUACUGUAGUAGCUGCCUUUAACCAUUUUGGAAAUUGAAAUAUGUUGCAGACACGCCUUGGAUUUGGUGCUCUUCGUCAAAGCUCUGUUUUCUUUGCUGCAAGACCCUUUACUUCUAGCGCUGUAAGACAAAUCUUCCCUCCUCCUCCUCAAUCCAUCAAAGGUACUGUCAACGAUGCUGCAGUAUUCCCUCCUCCUAGUAAGUUUCACGGAAGUUACCACUGGAAUUUUGAGCGUAUUGUCGCAAUUGGUAUGGUCCCUCAAGUCGUGAUGCCACUUUUCGCCGGUACCUCUCAUCCCAUUUUGGACGCUGCUCUUGCUUGCACCAUGAUUACGCAUGCUCAUUUGGGUUUUGAAUCAUGUGUCAUUGACUAUUUCCCUAAGCGCAGAUUCCAUCGUAUUGGCCCUCUUGUGCACUGGAUCCUCCGUGGCUUCACAGUCCUCACCUUUAUCGGUGUUUAUGAAUUUAACACUAAUGAUAUUGGCUUGACUGAGGGCAUUAAGAAGCUUUGGAAGGCAUGAUCUAUUUAGUUUUGUGUUUUCAUGUGUCCUUCUUGGUAAAUUCCUCUCGUAGGUGUCUUAUUUGCCUUAUACCUAGUAUAAUAAUUAAAGGUUCUCAAUUUCCCCCUUCAAUGAAAAGAUUAACGUUUCUCAACCAUUUCCCCCCCUCGAUUUUUAAUCCUCACCUCGUCGCUCUUCGUUUUUGAUUUUCUAUACACGUACAGGCGAUUUGAAUGUUUCUCUCCAUUUGGGUAGUCACCAGACAUACAUACAUUCAGGUUCCAUCGCACUUUCGACGUUUCUUCUAUUUUUGCAAAUAUUUGCUAUUUCUGCUACUUGUUCUGUCUCUCAACCUCAAUCAGACUUUCGCUCCAUUUCACGCUGGAACUGUUUUCCUAGAGGACAUCAUUUCUAUUUCUGUUUAGCUCGUUCAUAUCUUUUUCACAGCAAUUUCUUGCAUUACAGUAAUGCUUAAUUCUGAAGUUCAAGGUAUGGAUUCUUAUAUGAGAUACGCCAGCCGAACGAUCUUUUUUAAUAAGGAAGGAAGAAUUGUAUUUCAGAACUUCUGAAUGAGAGGCUUAUUGACUAAGUAAUUGCAAUUUGAUAGUUUCAUAGGAAAUCAAAAUUUAAAUGUAUCAAUCCAUCUCUGUAUAUUUUCUUAUCCGAUUAAUCGUA